UACGAGAGGGAGGCUACAAGGGUUAUACCGCGGUAAGCGUUGCUUAAGUGCAAAUUUUUUGGCUUCUCUCUCUCUCGGAACAGCACUUAGGAGCAACCAUGGCAUUGGCUUCUGGCGGUCGCUUUAUGCUGCCGCUCAUCCCGUCCCGAAACCCUCCGAGAAAGCUUGUUGUCUUAUACUCUCAAAGCUCUGAUAGUCGGAACCCUAGCCCCUUUCUUCAUCACAGCCCCUCCACCACAACCACACUGACACCGGCGGCGGCGGAAGCGAAGCGUUGCCUUCGAUGCAGCGCUCUCUACGCCGACGCAGAUAACUCUCCGACGGCCUGCGCCUUCCAUGGCCACACCACCGGUGCUACUUUAUAUGAGGAAAGCAAGCCAAGAGAGUCAGAGAGAAAGACAGAUCUUACCAUUAUACUAAUGACAUGCUUAGUGCUACUUAAGAACAGCAGUGGGAGACGAAGGUUUCUCGAAGUUAUGUCAAGAGUGCAAAGUUUUCGCUGUUUCAGAUCGAUUCUGCCGAGGAGACCGGUUGACCGACCAAAAGAAAUUGUUCGAUUCCAAUAAGAGGUCCGUCGGUCGAUGAUCUGUCAGUCGAAAGCUUAUGUCGAUCGAAAGCUUCUAUCAAUCUAUUUCGCUGUAAACUCGAUUGACUUCUUGGCUGAUGGAUUUCCUAUUCUUUAGCUUGUAACUUCAAUUGCCUGGUCUCCAUUUCUGGAUGCUCGAUUUCAUUGAGAUUUGUGUUGGCAUUUUUGUAGUAUAUGUAUUAGUUGCAUUUUUGUAGUAUAUGUAUU